UGCUAAUGAACCAAAUAAAAUGGAUUACAGACAAGAGUAUCAUUUCAUUCUUGACCUUCUGCUGCUGGAUUUGCUUAAAGCCUCUAAACAUCAGACAAUGACGCUGAGUAGCAUGGAGAGAGAGGUGCGACAACGAACUGGCAUAGUCUUUACUGCUUUACACGAUAUUGUUGUUGAAACUGAGUUAGGUUCACAGGGCGUCGAGAACUUCAUAGACAACGAUUCCCACUUCUUAGAAAUGGUCAAUUUGACGGACGAGAUAAAGGCAAAGGAUGAAAUGGAAAUUGAAAAUCCAUCAAAUCAAGGGGAGACGAAGAUCGAUCUUGCACACGCUCGCUGUCGUUCUUGUAAGGAUUACGUAGAGAAGUGUAGACAGGUGCCAAAUGCUACCACGGCCAUAAUUGGAGAAAGCACCUUUGACGACGAAGCGGCAGUGGAGAAGUGGCCAUUCGGAGUGCUCAACAUUCUUUGUUGGUUUUGUCCAAAAAUUCACCACAUAAAUAUUACCGGUUGUAAAAAAUCUGGUGACUUUCCAAGAAUCAUUGAUUAUCUGGAUCCUUCAUUCCUUGUCCAUUGCAAAGACGCUGACGAACAAAUUCGAAAUAUCAUAUCAGAGGAUUCGAUAUCAACCUUCGUAAUUCGUAAGGGUUGGUCUCUUCUUCAUAGCGCCGUAUUUCUUGGGGACGUUAACCUGACAAAGGAGCUUCUCGCCAAAAGAAGUUGGGAUGAGGAAGAUAUUUUUAAAACUUCAGUAGAGUUGGCCAUUUUUUUGCACAACUGCGAGGUUUUGGAAUUGUUUAGAGAAGAAAAAAACAUUGAUAGUUUCAUGAGCCCGUUAAGACUAGUUGAACUGAGUCUACUAUCGUCCCUGUCUACUGACGUCCACCCUGUAGAAGUAAUAAUCAACAACAAAGACGUCUUGCAAGCAACAAUGGAUGUGCACAACUCUCCACAUCAUUGCAGUUUUAUUAAACUGCUUCGCACAUUUUAUGGAAAGGAUGACAAGGAUUCAAAACUAAAACUUGAACUUCUAGAGGGAAUAUUACGAACGAUACGGGCCAAUGCAAGAUUAGAUCAUCCUCCACUGUUUUCAUGCUGGAACGAAAUUGCAAUUCGUGACACUGUGGAAGAAUUAAUGAAAGAAACUGGAAGCUCAUUCAGCGGCGAAGUGGAAGGUUAUCCCUACUUGAUGUUCGCUAUACCCAACGUGCCGCUGGCUCGCUUUCUUAUCGCUAAAGGUGCCUACAUCGACCAGACGGAUGAUUCAGGGUGUACAACUCUUUUUCAAGCUGUAAGCGAGUGGCUGACUCGUCCCUCUUCUCAAAUAGAAGUAUUCGUUAACUUUUUACUUGUUAGAGGAGCUAAUCCCAAUUUGAAAAAUAACUGUGGAGAAACUCCACUUGCAAAGAGUUUGUCGACAUUUGAGGCCAUAAGGAAUAAGGAUCAUUUGCUAGAAAUUUGGCGUUGUCUCUUAGAAUCCGGAGCUAGGGCCAAAACCAAAGACGACUUUGAUAGAUCUCCGCUUCAUAUACUUGUAAGCCCAUCUCGCAAACUAUCACCUACAUGUAAAACUCUAUGCGAAGGCAUUGAACUCUUUCACAAACAUGGAUGCGCAAUUAACUGUAGAGAUGCUGACGGGAACACUCCACUGCAUCUAUGGGCGAGAUUACCAGUUAAGAACAAAAACAACGAGGAAGUUGGAAAUAGAAUAAUCGACUGCGGAGGAGCCGUCAAUUCAAGAAAUGACAGCGGGGAGACACCGCUGCAUCUCGCACAGUUCUGGGAACAGGUAGAUUUGUUACUAAGAAAAGGAGCACAGCCAAACACGCAAGACCUCAGCGGAGAAACCUCUUUACACAAGUUCGUUAACAGAGAGACUUUAAUAACAGAUAAGAUAAAGGUGGGUCGAUGGAAGAAGUGCUUUUACUAUGGAAUAGAUCCAUGGGUGAAAAAUGAUGAUGGAGUAUGCCCAUUUCAAGUUCUCUUAGAAAAGGGCUUUCUGAAAAGCUCGUUGAGGCUACUGAAAGUAAUUUUCGAACACUGUGAUAAAGAAACGUUUGAAUCUGUACGAUGUUUUAAAGAUUCCGAAGGGAACUCCCCACUGCACUUGGCUUGUAUCACUCAAGCUGAGGCCAUCUGUGAGUAUAUGCUUCAAAAAGGGUUUGACGUGAACAAACAAAACCAUCGUUUGCAGACGCCGUUGUGUUUGGUAUGCAGCAGGGUGGGAGGAUUGCCGCUGAAAAACAUCCAAAACUCCAUCCUUUUACUACGGAAAUACCACGCUGAUCCCAAAAUACCAGAUGCUGAUGAAAACACGUGCCAGGCGUUGCUCAAUGGGCAUGAGGACCUAAAGAGAUUACUGCGAAUAGGUAUUGAGAAAGAGCCAAUUUCACCCAUUAUGAAGUGGCGCAAGGAGUCCGAAAAGCACAAGGAUGCACUCUGUGACAUUUCCUGUGGCCAAAACUGUCAAAGAGUUGAAAGCUAUUAUCACCACAAACGCUAUAUUGGCAAAGGCUCGUUUUCGUUAGUCUUUCCUGCUCUGGAUGAAAGAGAUGGGAGAGAAUUAGCCUUAAAGCGACUAGAAAAAGCCAGGUUAGAAGAUGCGAACUUCAGAAGGGAGAUUGAAUGUCUCAUGAAACUUAAGGAUUGUCCAGCUGUGGUAAACUACAUUUGCAGCUUUAGCAGCUCCGACUUCCAAUACAUUGUUGUUGAACUAAUGGAAGGAACGUUGGAUGAAUAUCUCUGCACGGAACAUGAGGGAGGAAAUGCGGUUUGGAUCUGUUUUGACAUAUACUCUGGUGUAGAGUAUCUACACAAAAAUGAAGUUAUCCACAGAGAUUUAAAACCGCAGAACAUCUUGUACAAAACUACGCCGUCACUAACGAUGAAAAUCGCAGAUUUUGGGCUCAGCAAAAUUCUUAAGAAGACGCAAUCUUUUGGUUCAAGUGACACAGUAAUGCACUCAAGGGUUGGAACAAAGUGUUGGAAAGCUCCGGAACUCUUUGCAAAUGACAGUCAAAGCAAGUAUAGCAAGGAGUCUGAUAUUUUCAGUUGUGGUUUGCUCUUCCACUAC